AUGCCUCUUCGGUUGGACGUACGCAAAAAGCUUUCUUCGCGAUCUGACAGGGUAAAAGCCGUAGAUCUACAUCCUACCGAACCAUGGAUUUGUGCCUGUCUCUACAACGGGAACGUUCAUGUUUGGAACAUUGAGUCACAACAACUAAUUAAGACUUUUGAAGUCUGCCCUGUUCCUGUUCGCGCCGUCCGUUUCGUUGCGCGAAUGAAUUGGAUUGUUACCGGAGCAGAUAAUCAAUGCCUGACCGUUUACAAUUACAAUACCCUGGAACGGGUGCAUCAGCAGGUGGAAGCACACGGUGACUACAUUCGAUCAAUUGUCGUACAUCCAACACAGCCGCUCAUCCUUACAUGUUCAGAUGACGUGACGAUUCGGUUAUGGGAUUGGGAGAAAAACUGGAAAUGUGCGCAGUCUUUUGGCUUCUACACUCUGCUGACAGUUUACUGCAUUCAUUCGUCCACCCUUCUACUUGACUGUAAACUCGACCAUCUUUUCAUCGAUAACUCCACCGAGAUCUUCAGUGGUCAUUCACACUACGUAAUGCAGUUGAUGAUCAAUCCAAAGGACAAUAACACCUUCGCCAGCGCCUCUUUGGACUGUACUGUAAAGGUCUGGUCACUGGGCUCGCCACAGGCCAACUUCACGCUGGAAGGCCAUGAGAAGGGCGUGAAUUGUGUGGACUAUCAUCCGAGUCCAGAUAAGCCCUACUUAGCCAGUGGAUCAGACGACCAUACGGUGCGAAUUUGGGACUACCAGACGAAGCUUUGCGUGCAGGUGCUUGAAGGACAUGUACAAAAUGUCACUGCACUGGCUUUCCACACCGAACUCCCGGUCAUCCUCACCGGUUCCGAGGAUGAUACUGUGCGUGUCUGGCACUCCACCACCUACCGCCUCGAAUCGACACUCAAUUAUGGUCUGGGUCGCGUUUGGACUGUGCAGUGUCGCGGCGUGGGCGGACGCCAGACUGUAGUUGGUGUGGGCUACGACGAGGGCACCGUAGUGAUUGCUCUCGGCCGUGAACACCCUGCCGUUUCCAUGGAUGCCUCAGGCAAAUUGGUGUGCGCGCGACAUAGUGAGAUGGUCAACGCUAACUUACGCUCGGUGAUUGCAGUGGCAAUGGCUUCGGGCGGGGGCGGUGGUGCUCCAGGGGCUACGGAAGGGGCGGGAGGAGAAGGUGGCAUAAUUGAAGAUGGCGCCCGUCUACCUGUGGUCUACAAGGAGAUGGGUGCUUCAGAAAUCUUCCCACAUACAGUGGCCCACAACGCCAAUGGUCGCUUUUUAGCGGUUUGUGGCGAUGGUGAAUACAUCGUCUACACAGCCAUGGCUCUGCGUAAUCGAACUUUUGGUUCAGCUCUUGAAUUUGUUUGGUCUCAGGCUGAUCCGAACGUCUAUGCUGUUUUGGAGAGCAAUUCCACCUUCAAGAUUUUCAAGAAUUUUAAGGAAGUCAAAUCUGUUAAAAUGGAUUUUGCAGCAGAUCAAGUUUUUGGCGGACACUUGCUCGGUGUCCGCUCGGUGGCUGGAUUCACCUUCUACGAUUGGUCAACUGGCCUGCUAGUGCGUCGAAUCGACGUCACUCCGGUGUCCGUUCAUUGGUCGGAAAAUGGAAAUCAAGUGGCUAUUUGUACCAAGGAUACCUUCUACAUUCUUCGAUAUCAACCGGAGGUUAUUGCGGAAGCUAUGCUCCAAGGCAUCACUGACCCUGAUGGAGUUGAAGCAGCUUUUGAGCUAAUUCCCGAUGGUGAAGUCAAGGAAUCCGUAAAGACUGGUUGCUGGUUUGGCGAAGCCUUCCUCUUCACCAACUCCACAAAUCGUCUUCAGUACUACGUAGGUGGUGAACUCGUCUCAGUUGCCCAUCUCGACCAACCCAUGUAUCUCCUUGGCUAUCUAGCCUCCGAAAAUCGCGUCUUCCUCAUUAACCGUGAUCUUAAGGUUGUCAGCUACACGCUCUCACUCUCCGUCUUAGAGUACGAGAGUGCUGUACUGCGUGGCGAUUUUGAGUCGGCCGACGCCAUCCUUCCAAACGUUCCCACGGCAGCAAGGACGAAAGUAGCUCACUUCUUGGAGCGCCAGGGCUUCAAACGGCAGGCCAUGCAGGUGACGGUUGACCCCGAACACAAAUAUGACCUUGCCAUACAGUUGGACGACGUGACGACGGCGUAUGACUUGAUCAAGGAGGAGGAUGUGGAGGGAAAUGAGGCAAAGUGGAAACAGCUUGCCGAAGUGGCCUUGAAGGCAUGCAACUUCUCUCUCGCUCAAGAAUGCUUCGCCAAGACUCAAGACUACGCCAGUUUCCUCCUCAUCGCCACCAGUCGUGGUGACAUUGACAUGAUGCGAAAGUUGGCUUCCGACGCCUCCGCGGCGCAAGUCGAUAAUCUCGCCUUCCUCGCCUACUUCCUGCUCGGCAAUCUCGAAGCCUGCCUUGAGUUGUUGCUUAAAAGUGAGAAGUACCCCGAGGCGGCGUUCUUUGCACGCACCUAUUUGCCAAGUAAGGUGCCGGAGGCGGUUGAAAAGUGGCGAAAGUGGCUUGAAGUCUCACAUCCUAAGGCGGCUGAAGCCCUAGCCAAUCCAUCUCAGUAUCCAAAUCUAUUUCCUCACUGGGAGGAGUGCCUUGCCGCGGAAAAGUGGCUCGCGGAGGACCACAAGAAGCGCAGAAAUUUACCCGCCACAGCCUACCCUCAACAAACUCCUCUAUGGGAACGUAAAAUUGCCGAGGAGAUGCUUUCGUUUAAACCCCUGUCGGCUGAUCUCCUGGAUAUUCAAAAGGAAGUGGGACUCACGGGAACCCCGUCCCAUGAUCCUAUUGAGGAAUUAUUUGGAACUCAGGAUGCGAGAACAGAGGAGGACGAUAAAGGAGGAUUUACUCCUUUCCGUGACUUUAAUGAAACAAAGGAGUUAACUCCCGAGUUUCUGGAAGCGUCAGAAGUGAAGGAAGAAGAAGGGGAUGUUUUCGCGCCUUUAGAACUCCCAGCCUCGGCUGUUGAAAGCAAGAGCGAUCCCAUCGACGACUUAUUGAAGUUGUCGCAAGCCCACACAGAAGAAAAUGUUCGAAAUGAUGUGGAGGAGGAAGAGGAUGAAGAGCAAGAGGAACCGUUUCAUGAUGCUGGACAGCAGGAAAAUGUAAUGGAUUUAUUUGCUUCCCCACCUACCGCAGGAAAUCAGCCCCUCGGAUUAGAUGACUUUGAUGUAGAAUUGGAGCAACAAUUGUCAGCUUUCAAUAUCGGUGCCAGUGAAGGCGUUCAAAAGCCUACAAGUCUGAAGAAAGAUCUCCUUGACGAUGAUGGUUGGGGCGAAGAUGACGAUGGUGAUGGUAUUGAGGAGGGCGAUGGUGGUGAUCAUAACUGA